UUGAUAUUCCUUAGGAAGUACACAACCUUCUUCAAGUGUUCUUCCUCUUUAACUUCUCUUGUAGAACACUACUUACUCAGAAGUUCUCAAGGAGAAAAAAUGGCUACCGAAAAGCUUGGAGGUUGUGCCAAGUUCUUUGCUAGCUCAAAACCCUACUUGGCUAUGAUCUCUUUGCAGUUUGGCUAUGCUGGCAUGAACAUUAUCACAAAGGUUUCUCUCAACCAAGGCAUGAGCCACUAUGUUCUUGUGGUUUAUCGUCAUGCUUUCGCAACUGCUGUUAUAGCUCCUUUUGCAUUUAUCUUUGAAAGGAAAGGUCAACCGAAGAUAACAUUCUCAAUUUUCAUGCAACUUUUUAUCCUAGGUCUUCUUGGGCCAGUGAUUGAUCAAAAUUUCUACUAUGCCGGGUUGAAGCUCACAUCUCCAACCUUUUCAUGUGCAAUGAGCAACAUGCUUCCAGCUAUGACUUUUGUGAUGGCUGUGUUUUGCAGAAUGGAGAAGAUAAACAUGAAGCAAGUGAGAUGCAUAGCAAAGAUAGUGGGAACAUUAGUGACAGUUGCAGGGGCUAUGCUGAUGACCUUAUACAGAGGUCCUAUAGUGGAGAUGGUGUGGGCCAAACAUCCCCACAAUAAAACCAAUGGAACAACAAGCACAGGAUCAUUGGACAAAGAUUGGUUCUUAGGAUGCAUCUUUCUUAUCAUUGCCACCCUUGCAUGGGCUUCCCUCUUUGUUUUACAAGCAAAAGCUAUACAAACCUACAAGAAUCAUCAACUCAGCCUCACUUCACUUGUGUGCUUUAUUGGCACUGUUCAAGCUAUUGCUGUUACUUUUGUUGUUGAACACAACCCUGCUGUUUGGAGAAUUGGCUGGGAUAUGAACUUACUUGCUGCUGCAUAUGCUGGGAUUGUGACAUCAAGCAUAUCAUACUAUGUACAAGGACUUGUGAUUAAGAAGAAAGGACCUGUCUUUGCAACUGCUUUUAGCCCUUUGAUGAUGAUCAUUGUUGCCAUCAUGGGUUCCUUUAUCCUUGCAGAACAAAUUUAUCUUGGAGGUGUGAUUGGUGCAAUCUUAAUUGUUAUAGGUUUAUACUCAGUUCUAUGGGGAAAGCACAAAGAACAAAUGGAGAGUAAAGUGGCAGAUGAAAUUCCAUUGGCUGUAAAAGAUGGUCAAAGUUGUGUAAUUUCAGGGCUAAAUAUGAUUGAUGUAAAAAAUGAUUUUACUGAAGAAGAUUCCAAGAAUAAGAAGCCCUCCUCAGUUGUAAUAAACAUGACUGUUGCAGAGCCUCCAAGCAGAGAUAACCAAGAGGGAAAGGCUUAAGCAAUUUGGAAUGUGAAUCCACUUUACCCUUUUUAGCAAUUUCUUUUUUCUUUUUUCUUUUUUGUUGCUAUGAGAAGGGUCUUGUUUUGUGACAUAUUUAACCAAUAAUAUAUGAUAUAUAGAUUCCUAGA